UCAGAAGUGGUGAUGCACAGAGUUUCGAGGAAACUUUUACAAGAUUUUGACAGCAUGGCCAUGACUGCAGAUGGCUGCAUACAAUUCACGCGCCAUGCCGGCGACGUCCUGCUCAACUUCAACCGCCUCCGCAGCAGGAACAUCCUGACUGAUGUCACAAUUCAGGUGGAAGGGCAGCAGUUUCAUGCUCACAAGGCCAUCUUGGUGGCUUGCAGUGGUUUCUUUUAUUCUGUGUUCAUGGAUCCUGAGAACACAAACCUUAGUGCCAUCAGCUUAGACCCCAAAGUGGAUCCAAAGAGUUUCUCCAUCUUGCUGGACUUUAUGUACACAUCUUGUCUGAACCUGAAAGACAGUCUGGUGGUUGGUACCAUGAACGCAGCCCUCUACCUCCAGAUGGAACAUGUGGCUGACACCUGUCACAGGUUCAUCAAGUCCAGGCAUCAGUCUCUGAAUAUGCAGAAUGAAGAGGUACAGAUCAGCUCGGUACAUCUGACUGAGGAAAACUCUGCUUCGAGGCUUGUCGAUGUAAAAGAGCCAGACUUAAGAAACAACCACACAUCGACCUCAUCGUCUCUGCAGGAGUACAGAGGCUACAUCCCCAAUAUUUUCAGGGGCAUCAACACCUCUGGCUCCUACCAUGUGUAUGGUGACCUCCAUAUGCCUGCAGGGAAGUUGGAAGGUUCUCAUAAGAUCAGCGCCCUUCCCAAAGGAGGGGCUCUGUCCCAGCAACGAUGCUCGCAGGUACCCAACACCAACAUGGCUCACAAUGAGUCUAUCAUCUCCCACCCUGUGCCAUCCCACCCCAGUUUCCCCACUGCUAUUAUUCGAGCAGCAGGAGCCCAUGGUAGCCCUCAGGGGCCUGCUGCCCCCAUGGAGGAAGACAGCAUUCAGCACCCACAAACCAGCUGCCUUAGACUGUCUCCAGGUUUUAGCAAAGGUGUAAUAUGUAGCCCUCAAAGCCCCCUCAGAUCUGACUGCCAGCCCAACUCACCCACAGAGUCCAGCAGCAGCAGAAACGCAGCCCUAAGCCUCAAACAACCCUCAGACUGCCCCAAAGAUGCCAAGGCCCGCAACUGGAAGAAGUACAAGUUCAUUGUUAUGAACCAAACUCCUCAUGAGGAUGAAAAGGAGCUUCAUAGAUGCGGCGCUGAAACCGGAUCCCCCACACUGAGCCCCUGUAGGAGUGGUGGAGUGGGGGGAUACAAUGAAGUCCAGAGUGACGAUGGAGCCAACGAACAAAGAGAAGAAAUGCCCAUGACUGUUGACAUUUGCAGCAGCACCUGCAGCAGCAGCCAUCGCAGAUGCUCCUCCUGUGGCUGUGACAGCCCUCAGUGUCUGGAUGCCGGUCACCUUUCACCAGACUCAUACAGCAGAGACGACACCAACAAACUACACUCAGAGUAUUCCUCCUCCAGCUGUGACAACACCUUCUUCUGCAGCGGUUGUGAUUCCAAAUUCACAGAGGAAGAUUCCCUGAAAGACCAUAUGGUCCAGGUCCACAGUGACAAGCCAUACAAGUGUGACUGCUGCCAGGCCGCCUUCCGCUACAAGGGAAACUUGGCCAGCCACAAGACCGUUCACACAGGUGCAAAGCCGUACCGUUGCAACAUCUGCGGUGCUCAGUUCAACCGACCAGCCAACCUCAAGACCCAUACCCGCAUCCACUCUGGAGAGAAGCCAUACAAGUGUGAGACAUGCGGCUCCAGAUUUGUCCAGGUGGCCCAUCUUCGCGCCCAUGUGUUGAUUCACACAGGAGAAAAGCCGUACCCAUGUGAGAUCUGUGGAACGCACUUCCGCCACCUUCAGACGCUCAAGAGCCACAUGCGCAUUCAUACCGGAGAGAAGCCUUAUCAUUGUGAAAAAUGUGACCUCCACUUCAGGCACAAGAGUCAGCUAAGACUCCAUCUCCGACAGAAGCACGGCGCCGUCACUAACACCAAGGCUCAGUAUCGCAGGACUCCCAGCAACCUCAUGGCAGGCCUGGUGAACUCCUGCUGAGCCUGCCGCAGUCCUGUCACGUGUCAUUUUCUUUUUGCGUUUGCCACCAUGCUGUCAAAAGAUCUUUUUAUUUUUUCUAAAUACGAACAGAAACAUAAAUAUUAUAUAUAUUUGCCCUUUAUGCAUUUGUAAAUGGUGCACAUUACUUGAUGUAAGCUCUUUGGUAUUUCAAAGAUUGUAGAAGUUUAAGCUUUUCGUUAUGAAUGUCUAACAACAGAAUGUACAUUUUGAAUGUGAAUCUGAACAGGUAUUUCUCUAUUUCAUCCCUCAGCAGAAUGUCAGCAUUGAAGGACAGUCCUCUUUCUCUUUGAUUGAGAAUCACUGUUACAUUUUUGUUUCGGAUAUUGGUAUGAAUUUGCCCGCUUAUGUGGUAACAUGUAGUCCUUUGAAAUAGCUGUUUUUGUAAAUAAGAUAAUAUAUAUUUUCAGAUUGCCAUCUGCUGGCAGAGUACGACUAUAUUCACAUUACAUUUGUUUUUCUUAUGUGCAGUGAGCUUCACUGGUUGUUAGUCAUACAAGGGCUUUGCCAUUUUGUCAUGUCAUAGAUUUUGUGGUACGUAUUGUCCGUAUAUGUACAGAUUGUCAUUCAUUUAAACGUUGUACAUAUUUUCUUUUUUUUUUGUUUCUCAAUUUUGAGGCUCCUGUUGGUAUUUUGCACAUACUAGUAAUGCUGUAAUUCAUAUAUUUUCAUACUUUUCAUUCAAGUAUUUCUUAAAAUGUUUCUCAACAUGUUGAAACAGUUUGUUAAACCCUGUGCCCAGCACUUGCUGUAUUCUUAUUUAUAUUCAGACUUUUCUUUGCUGUAUUCUAUCACAUUUGGUGCUGCAAUGAUCCAGUUUUCCCAGUGGGAUCAUUCAAUUUGGAUCGUAUUUUAUCUAACCUUGUGUAUUAUGUACGAACCAGUAUACUCAUAGUGCCUUACAUUCACAUUUUUCUAUUGGCUGUCCUCUCAGACUAACUAUUAAUUCAUUAUAAGUUUGUCAAUAUGAAAGCCCCUGUACUUAUGAACUGCUUUUGUGAUGCAUUUCACAGUUGGUACAUUGCCCUAUUGUCAUGUGUAUGCAUGUCAGAUGGUGUCGUUUUGAAAGCUGAUCAUUGUUGUGUGUAGCUCUUAAAAAUGCAGAUACACCAGGCCUCAAGCUAAAAACUGCUCAGGAAUAUUAGUAGUAUGUCAGCAAAUGUCUUUGUAACUGCAGUUUAUAUAUAUAUACAUAUGUAUAUAUAUAUAUGACAUGAAAA